AUGUCAGGGAAGAAGCAAAAGAGCAUUCGGUCAUUCUGGGCAGCAAAGAUUCAGCCCCCUAAAAAGGUUGCCAGGUCAGAGGAGAUGGUGGAAGAGACAAUGGAGAAGACGGAAAGGGAGACUGUAGGGGAGAUAGUGACAGCGGAGACUACAGAGGAGGAGAGAGUGGAGAAGACAGUUGAGGAGACAGUGGAGGAGAUGGUGGAGGAGAGAAUGAAGGAGACGGCGGAGGAGACAGCAGAGGAGACAGCAGAAACGACAAGGAGAGCUGAAGUAAAAGUGGCUGUGGCAAUGGUGCAGCAUAAUGUGCCAUUUGCUGUCUCUGACCAUUUCAGCCCAUUAUUAAAGGAGUGCUUCAGAGAUUCCACCACAGCACAAAAUUUCAAAUGUGCCAGCACGAAAACAACGUGCAUAAUAAAUGAAGCAGUGGCACCUCAUUUUAAGAACAAAUUGGUCAUGAAGAUGAGGGACAAUCCAUUCACCUUGAUCACUGAUGGGUCAAAUGAUACAGGACAAGAGAAGAUGAACCCGCUCACUGUGCGAGUUUUUGACAGUGAUUCUGGAAAAGUUGUCCAUAGAUUUUUGGAUAUGUGCACAACAAGUGGGCGUAGCUGUGGCACAGCGGAAGUAAUCUUCCAAAAAAUGAACGAGGUCUUACAGAAACACGCCAUACCUUGGGGAAAUUGUGUUAGCUUAUCAAUUGACAACGCACCUGUGAAUACAGGAGCAAGAAAUUCCAUUGCAUCCAGGAUUCUGAAUGAAAAUGCCAACACAUACAUCCAUGGGUGCCCCUGCCACAUUAUCCACAAUACCGCCAAAGAAGCUGGACUGAGAUUUUUGGAAGUGACUGGAUUUGAUCCAGAGGAUCUGGCUGUGGAUGUUGGAUACUGGUUUAAGGGUAGCACCAACCGUAAGGGUUACCUGUCAGAAUUCUGUGAGUUCCAUGGAAGCGAGUACAUGGAAAUACUGCAACACAUUUCCAUUCGUUGGCUGAGCCUGGAGAGAUGUUUGACUCGCCUUCUGCAGCAGUAUGAGCCACUCACCAGCUACUUCAAGUCAUUAAAUGAGAAACAACCAAGGUUUAGAAGGCUGGUGGGUGCAUUUUCUAACCCGCUAACAGAGGUGUACCUCCUCUUCUACCAGGCAACAUUGCCAGCCUUCUCCACCUUAAACCUCCUACUCCAGAGAGAGAAGUCCUCAAUCUUCCUUCUACAUGAAGAGAUGACAAAGUUCAUCCGCAAGUUGUGUGCAAAGUUUCUGAAGCUUGCAGCACUGCAGAACCAAGAUGUUCAUGAAAUCCAAUACAAGGACCCAUCAAACCAACUGCCAGGAGAAAAGCUGAACAUUGGAUUCAUUACUCGAGCUACGCUCAACAGGCUCCUUGAUGCGGGAGACAUUACACCACAGCAAGUGGAGAGCUACCCCUGA